GUGAGCAAUACCGAGUUGAUACAGUAUUGCGUGAUAUCUGGACCGAGUUGGUACAGGAGUGUCGAGUUGACCAACGCCAAUUUGCGUACAUAUGUACAUGCCACUAGCACUCUGCAGCCAGCACGUCUCCAUAGUACUUACGUGUGUGAAACAUGGUGUGUCGAGGGUGAAGGGGAUUUUGGAACGGACAUGAUGGAGGCUGUCAGUAGAUCGGAACGUUGAAAAGUGCACGGCCUGUCGUCAGUUGAGGGUGUCGGCUGAUGGCACAGACGAAUUGGAGUUGUUACGGAAGCAGCGAUGGGAGAAAUGAGCGUCCAACGAUGAACGUGUUGCAAACCGAGGGGGAGAGACUGCAUGAGCAAGCUUUGUCAUCCUACGCCCACGGAAACUUUGCUCAAGCAAAAUUAUUGCUGGAGAAGGCCAUAGCACUGGAGCCUUAUAAUGCUUCAUUUCGAGAAACCAAAAACUCCUUUUGUCAAGCCAACCAGGGGCCCUACACAUACGGUCACCACCAGACAGGCACAGGGCGCAGCUUCCUAGAUGGAGAGCAACAGAAACAGCAGUACGGAAGAGGAACAGCCACCUCCUGGAACUCUUCAUUAGCAAGGCAAUCCUGGGACAGUGGGGGACCUCAGGGGAGCGCUACUUUCUUAAACGGAAACAACUACAAAGCCAGGAGUGUGAGAGGUCCAUGGCCGCAGCAGCCCAGCGGAAAUGCUGCCCAGUAUUUCUCUAACACUGUAGCCGACAGCAUGUUCAGCCCUUACUGGGGACGUUCAGAGGACUUCCAGAGUCUUGGCAUGAACAGCCAUUUUGGCGAUCCUCGAGCUUCUCAGAGACAGACCAAUGUCUCCCAUACUGGUAGGACAAAUGUUGGACCGCAUUACACUAAAGCCAGUAAUACCAGUCAGCAAGAUGGCAUGUGGGGAACAUGGACUGAUCCAGCGGCCGAAUCAGAUCCCAAACCGGAGAUGUCUUGGGUGAACUCAGGCUACCAGCAGAGUGAUAUACCUUGGACGCCGGAGCCCCGCCGAGCAGCCUCUCUUCCCAACAAUAUCAGGUCGGGUGCCAAUGGCAGCACUAGCCAGAGCAGCCUUCGGGGCUCCAUGGCCAAUUCAACAGAGAGGUUCAGCUCAAAGGGGCACCACGGACAGAGCUCCCCGCACACCUGGCGCUCAGAGGAGACGAGCAGCGAGACCAAUUAUGGCCUGGACAGCUUUGACGAGGUGUCAAACAUGGACAAAGUGGAAGAGUGGAUGGUCAAGAAUGAAGCAUCCGGAGUACCAAACCCUCCACCUGGCUUAAGUAAGCCCAGGAAGAACAAGAAGAAAAAGAAGAAGAAGAUGCCAGCUGCCCCUAAACAGGAGAGUCCAGACACAUCUUUGCAGACCGACAAAGAUGUCUCUCAAUACAGUGGUCGGUCAUCGAUCAUUGAAUGCCAGAACCCUGCAAGGACCAAGUCUGCUAGUGCAAGAUCCUGUCAAAGUGAUGAGACUAAGAGUGUGUCCAAAAAUGCCUCAUACCACAGCCCAUCCUCAAAGCCAAGAACUGCACCUUUUACUGCUGAGUCUGUCAUAAACAGCAAUUCUGAUAAACUUUCAAAGCAUAUUAAUGAUAAUCCACACCACUCAAAGGGCUUUAAAGAGAAGGACAAGUCUUUCUUUGAUCCAAAGAGGAUAUUUGUUUCAUCAGACUUUGUCAGAACUUCACAGCCCAGUGGGUGUGCUGGUCAGCCGGAUAGUUCAAAGCAAAGCAAAACAAAGUCUGCUGUGAGCAAGGGCGAAUACAACACCUCAAGAAAGAGUGCCUUUUCAAGCAAGGGUAGGAGAGAAGGGGAUGGUGUGAAGGCAACAGGAGGCAGUCCAGAGGACCUGACUAAUGCAAGAACUACUGGAUCCAGGGAUCAAACGUACAGCUGUGAUCCGCAAGAGACUGAAGCUGACGGGCUGGCAGAUGAUAUGGAGAGGAGUAGGCUGGACAGCUCAGGCAGUCUAGGAAGCGAAGUGUCGGGAAGGAUGACAAAAGAAGAGUGGGAAGAGAUCAUCAAGAGGAUGUACGCACCACUUGGGAUGCCCUCUAGUUCCCCUCAAGAGCACCCGGGCAGGGCCAACGGUGCCCCAUCAGAGCCGACCUCAUGGGAGCAAAGCCCUGCAUUUCAGAACUGUGGCAGGAACUUUGUGAUGCCUUCCAACACAGAAGCAUGCGCUUUGGAAGGAGGCCUUCUGCCUGAGUCAGAAACAGUUCAGAAACUGUCAAAAAUGAAGGCAGGAAGAGUGAAUGCAGCAGAAAAAGGGUGCAGUGGUUCCAAGCAAGGGGCCUAUGUUGAUGUGAAGGCAACUCUAGGUGCUGGGAUCCUGCAAAAUAGCGUACCAGUUUGUCAUGCAGAUACGAGCAUCAGGUUGACUUCUCCUGCUGGCAGACAAUCGAAGAUUCUCAGCAGUGAGAAAUGCAAGACAACAGAAUCUGCUCAGUCAGCCCAAGCCAGCACAAGCUGCCAAGUACCUCUCACCAAAGGUACUGGUCCGGUGCCUCAGAGGGAAAAGACCUCACCCGAAAAUGUCAACAGCUCGUUUGCUAAACCUCUUGAGAAGCCUAAGGUGGAGGUCUCUUCGGCAUCUUCAGUGAUAUCUGGACGUGAUGCUACGUCGUCUAAAGGUACCAGUAAAAGCGCUUCCAACUUUUCUGCAGAACCUAAGGUGGAGGUCUGUUCAACAGGCUUGGUGACAUCCAGUAAGGUAGCUUCAGGAGGAGAUGAUGUUUCCCCAUUGAAAGGUACUACAAAACGUUCGCCUGAACCCAGGGUAGAGGUUUCAUCGCAGCUUCCUUGA